AUGGCGAAGUCCAAUGCACUGAAGCUUUUAGGCUUUAUGUCUACAAUUUCAUUCGCUUUUGCCCUUCCUCCAACCCAGGCCCUCAAUGCUCGCGCUUCGACCUGCACUCCCGUCGCAGGCGGGUCUUCCUCAACAGAUGACGUCCCUGCCAUAACAUCAGCAAUAGCAUCAUGUGGCUCUGGUGGAACUAUUGUAAUUCCAGCAGGCACAACAUACUACCUCAACAGUGUACUCGAUUUUGCUGGCUGCAGCGGCUGCGACUUUCAAAUUGAAGGGUUACUCAAAUUCGCGUCCGACACAGAUUAUUGGGAAGGACGCACUGCGAUGAUUAAUGUCAAGAAUAUUGACGGAAUCAAAAUUCGAUCUGUUACAGGUAGUGGCGUUAUCGACGGGAAUGGACAAGACGCAUGGGAUUUAUUCGCCUCAGACAGCAGCUACGCGCGUCCAACACUACUUUACAUAACUGGUGGCUCGGAUAUCACGGUCUCCGGUCUUAGGCAAAAGAACCCACCCAACGUCUUCAUUUCCGUCAAGGGUGACAGUACGAACGUUGCCUUCUCAGACUUGGAAUUGGACGCGACUUCGAAAAGUAGCAAUGCCCCUAAAAAUACUGAUGGGUUCGAUAUUGGCGCCAGCACAUAUGUCACCCUCUCAAAUAUCCAGAUCACGAACGAUGAUGACUGUGUCGCCUUCAAGCCAGGUGCAAACUAUGUUACUGUCACUGACAUAACCUGUACUGGAAGUCAUGGGCUAUCUGUUGGUUCAUUGGGCUCAAGUGGUGACGACACAGUGAAGAAUGUGUACGUGUCUGGGGCAAAGAUGAUUAAUUCAACAAAAGCUGCUGGGAUCAAGACGUAUCCCUCUGGCGGUGACCAUGGACUCUCAACCGUGACAAAUGUUACCUGGGAUGGUGUUGUGGUCGACGGAUGUGAUUAUGCAAUUCAGAUUCAGAGUUGUUAUGGUGAAGACGCGAGUUACUGUGAGGAUUAUCCGGGGGAUGCAGUUUUAACAGACGUGGUCUUCAAGGGAUUCAGUGGAAUGACACCGGGGGAAGUUACAGGUAAUUUGGAUUGUGGUGCUAAUGGAACCUGCGGAGUGACUGUUGUUGAUUAUACGGUGGUGGGAUCAUCGGGGAGUGAAGUUCUUUGUGCGAAUACCCCGAGUGAUCUUGGGAUUACAUGUACAUCUGGGGCAUCAGGGUAG